UCAGAGUGUAGGAUGUAACCACACGUCAGAUCUGUGCGAGGCAAUCAGCAUCACAACUGCAUGCCACAUCAGUCACACAACGGCAGCAGGAGUUCAACCAUGUUCAUCAUCCUUCAAUCAAAAGGUCCCAACACAGCAGGUGGGUGGACCGCUGGAGCUGAAUGGAACCAAUCUCUCAAUCUCAGAUGAACAUUGUGUCAGUGUUGAGAAACACAGCUGGGAAGCGCAGAGAAGACCCAGCCCUCCAAUGAGAAGCCUCACUAUGGCUCAUCAUCAGCAGACCAAGACCUCCACACAUAAUCGAGGCCUAUCUCAUGGCUACUUUAGCAGGGAAUGGACUACCCCCGAAUAUGACAGGUUUGCCCAGAAUUUGGAACAUCUGCGCGACCAAGCCAGAAUAGCCUCUGUCUCGCACCCUGCAUUUCUUAACCAAGCGGGACACUCCAUGAAUGGUUUUGAGGGCACCAGUAACAUGGUUUAUAAUAGCACCGAACAUGAGACCGAUACCAUUCACACCCAUUCUGCAGACCACAUAUACUCAGAGCCGGGACUGGAGGAGGAUGAUGAGGAUCAUCUUUAUGCGUGCAUCAGGGAGCCAAAUACCUCGGAUUCCUCACUCCCAAAUUCCCAUCAGGGGACUCCUGAUAGGGCCUUUGAAACGGACAAGGAAGAUGAUAUGGAGCAUCCGUAUGAGUGUAUCAGGGGAACAAAUGUCACUGAUUCCCAGCCUCCUCCUCUCUCCCGCGCACAGGCUGAGGAAUCAAAGCCAGCGGAGCAUCCAUACCAGACAGCCCGCGAGCUGUUGCAGGCUGUCGGCCCAGCUGAGCCUGCCGUCGCCCAAUCAGGGCCGUCGCUGCGGGUCCCACCCACUCUGUCUGACAACAGAGAACCAGGUUUGACUGGCACGACUGCUGUGUACGCAGCCAUUAACUGGAGAAACAAGAGCCGAUACAGGACGGAGAUCACUCUCCCUUACAACUCAGACUCAGAUAUCUCGGAGGAGAGAGAGGAGGACGUGAGCUCAGAGCUUGCCCCUCCGAUCCCUGAGAAACACUUUAUUUCGUAAACUGCCUGCCCUGAACUUUUCUACUGAGCAUGUUAGGUAUAGUUUCUGAGACACUUGUCUAAACAAGGUUUGUUUAGGACCGUGUCAAUGGUGUUUGCUCAAAGAGCAGUUUUAACAUUCUUAUUCAUUAAACCAAAGCAUCUGUACAUUU